AUGCUCCCUCCCGGUCUCCCCUACCCGCCAUCCGGUCAAUUCAAGGGGAUAAGGGCUCACCUGCUCUCACGGGAUCUGGUGGAACUGCAUGCCAGCAGCAACCACCUGGUCGUCACCUGGUCCGACUGGGACAACCGCGACUUUGUGAGGAAUUGGGUGUACCAUCUACACAAGGCGGGCUGCUCUGCCCUGCUGGUGGGGGCCACAGACACUCAGCUCCUGGAGUGGCUCUUUGAGGCUGGCAUCCCAGCCUUCUUAAUCGAGCAAAAGAGUCCCGCCAGAGUGUCACUCCUGCGGGCCUUUUCUGAGCUGGGGACAAACGUCAUUCUGAGCGAUGUGGACGCGGUCUGGCUGCGAGACCCCAUUCCGUUCAUGCAGAUGGAGUGGGAGUCUGCCAUCCCUUCUGAUGGGAGAUCCGGGGAGCGGGCGGCCUUCAACGACCUCUUCCACCGUGAGCUUGUGCAGCUGACCCGGCGCAACGACAACCUGGCCAGUGUAUUCCGAGGGACGCUGCUGGGAGGCAUCCUCUCCACCUCUGCCUUUUGUUCGGGCCAGGCCUACAGGGCAGGCCUGCAACAAAGGAUCCAUGUCAGACCAUUCGUCGUGCACACCCCACACCCGGGGCCCGGCGAGGCUGCGGAAAAAUUUGUGCUGAGGGAGCUGGGCCUGUGGCGGGACCUGCCCGAGCACUGGACUCAUCCGGCAGGGUUCCUGACCUAUGACAACAAGCUCCCAGCUACACUGUGGGAGUCGGCCCCAAGGGGCGCUCUGGGCGAGCUCGCCGCCCCUCUGCAUGCCGAAUCCAUGGUGGUCAACCAUCAGCUGAUCCAGUACCGCAACGCAUUCAUAGCAGCAAGGGUGCUGGGGGGGCACUCCGUCGUACAGCCCCCAGUGUGGCUUCGUGGAGAUCUUGCCGCCAGGCCCAAGGGGGGGCUAGCGGGCACAGUGGCCUCGGCGCCCUCCGCCCACAUCCCAGUGGAUGCCAUCAUCGAUUUGGAAGCGUGA